AUGAUCAGCUACACCACCAACGCCUUCCCUGGUGAGUACAUCCCAACGGUGUUUGACAACUACAGCGCCAACGUGAUGGUCGACGGCAAGCCCAUCUGCCUGGGCCUCUGGGACACGGCCGGCCAGGAGGACUACGACCGCCUCCGCCCGCUGUCCUACCCCAUGACCGACGUCUUCCUCGUCGCCUUCUCCGUCGUCAGCCAGUCCUCCUUCGACAACAUCCAGUCCAAGUGGGUGCCGGAGAUUUCGCACCACUGCCCGGGCGUGCCCUUCGUGCUGGUGGGCAACAAGAUCGACCUGCGCGACGACCGCGAGACGAUCCAGCGCCUGAGCGACCGCGGCCUGCGCCCGAUCUCGACCGAGCAGGGCGAGGAGCUGGCCCGGCGGAUCGGCGCCGUCCGGUACGUCGAGUGCUCGGCCCUCACCCAGCAGGGCCUCAAGAACGUGUUCGACGAGGGCGUCCGCGCGGCUCUCAGCCCCCACCCCAGCACGCACGGCGGCUCGCGCACCACCUCGUCGCGCCAGUCGCUCUCGUCCCUGCGCCGCUCGGUCACCCGCCUCGGCUCCAACUUCAAGGACACGCUGCUGGAGGUCGGUCGCCAGCUGGCGGUCCCGGAAGAUGACGAAGAUCCUCUCGCCUCCGUGGUGAGCGCGGAUGCGACGACCAAGUUCCGCGUGGGCUUCUCGGUGGGCGACUUUGAGCAGGCCACGUCGGCCGUCACGGUGGCCUACAAGAACGAGGAGCCCGAUGUGGCCGGCAAGAACAUCGUCGUGGCCUUCUCGUUCGUGGUCAAGGACGAUGUCGACACGUUCAGCCUGGGUGAGCUGUCGGGCAGCGUCAAGCAGAUGCUGAGCCUCGCCAAGAGCUCCGACUUUGUCUAUGAGCUCAAGAGCUCGCUGGUGACCGAGUCGGACGGCAAGCGCGUCUACACGCUCAAGAUGAUCUACCAGGACGACGACGUGUUCGACCAGUUCACGCGGGUGUUCGACUUCUACAAGGUCCAGUCGGCCUCGGCGACGGUGGAGCUCAACCAGUCGGCGGGCCAGCAGUCCGCCGACUACCUCCAGGCCCGCAUCAAGGUCGAGGGCGAGAUCACCCGCGCCGCCGUCAAGAUGCUCCAGCUGUUCGCCCCUCGCGCCACUCCUCAGGGAAAGCAAAUCCUGUCGCUGCUGCGCGCCACGCGCAACGUCGUGUUCGAGACGCAGUUCGACAACCUGCAGGAGUUCGUUAACUCCCUGUUCCCCGUGCCGGAGGAGCUGCGACACGUGCAGCUGUCGACCUUCAAGCCGCUGGUGGCGGCCCAGCUGGGCGCCAUUCUGCUCAACGAUUCGCUGCCGGAGCCCGUCAGGCAGACCUACGAGAAGCUCUCCUUCCUCUCCGCUCUCCACAGCGUCCGCGUGACGGUGGGCAAGCACGGACUGCACGCAAACGUGACCAACGGUGACAUCUUCGCCCUGCUGCCCUCGCUCGACGAACUCAAGGCCGCCGCUGGCCAGGAGUAG